AUGGAUAAGAUCUCAAUCACCAUCUGUGGAGAUGGCGGGUGCGGUACGUUGCAGCAACCUUCUCUGUUCUUCUGGAAUCAAUCCGUCACGUUGAUUCGGUGCCACGCCUCCGGGUUUCGCGAUCGAGAUCUGAUCAGAUCGGGACAGGCAAAUCCUCCAUCACCCUGCGGCUGGUCCGGAGUCAAUGGGUUCACGAAGGAUUCCUACUCCGUGACCCGCACCGUCGAUGGCCGCCCCUACUGCCUUGCCAUCACCGAUACCGCCGGCCAGGAAGAGUACCGGGGUCUCUGGACGAGUUCGACUCUCCAAUCCGAUGCCUUCCUGUUAGUCUACGAUAUCACGAACCCCUCUAGCCUCGAGACCCUCAAUGGCUUCCUGGAGAUGAUCGGCAUGGAGGCCGAGCAGCGUCUGGAAGACAAUGACCGACUCCGACACACGGGCGAUGGGCCCGGUCGACCGCCGCCGGUGAUGAUCGUGGCGGGCAACAAGUGCGAUCUGAAAGAGGGUCGCGUGGUGACCUCGCGCGAGGGCCUCGAGUACGCGCGCCGACACGGCUGUGGAUUUAUGGAAACCAGCGCGCGUGAGAUGGUCAACAUUGAAGAGACGUUUGCCCAUCUGGUCCGCCGCGUGGUCGAAGCCCGCCGACUGCAAAGCACUGGCGGCCAUACUCCAAGUCCCAAUAACCCGACUGAGCCGAGUGAUGGGAGUGCGAGUGCGAGUGCCUCUCCGGCUGUGCAGGGGAAGACUGUGGCUCGAUGGAAGUGGUUUCAGCGACAGGGUCAGGCACCCGGACGCAAAGGAAACGGUUGUGCCUGUCUCUGCACUGGCAAAUAA